CUGUCGGGGGCCGGCCGGGGCGCGGGCAGCGGCGAGCGGCGGCGCGGCCCCGCUGGACGGCGCGUCCCGCCGCGGCGCAGGAAAAGAGAUUCCCAGCGGCUCCUCGGGUGCGAAGCCUCCCCAGGGCCGAUCCGGAGGGACGGGGUGGCCGGAGCAGGGGAAAAUGAAGCGGUGAAGACUCCGGGCAGAAGACUUCACUGCUGAGCGGGACUCACGUGUGUGCAGAGCCCCCAGAGCCCCCAAAGCGUCCAGUCCUGCCCACAGCCCCCAGCUCCUGCCCACCGGCAGCCCCUGCCCCACGCCGGAGGGCUCGGCCCGGCCGGAUCCCACCGGGAUGAACAUGGUAAAGAGCCCGGGGCAGCUGCAGCAGCGGCUGGCGGGGAUGGUGGCUGUCCGGGAGAAGUCUCCAGCCUGGUCUGCCCUGGGAGAGGAGGGGCCGGCAGCUGUGAAAAAGGAGAAGAGGCACGGGCAGGAUGAGGACAGUAGGGCAAAGCUGAUCCUCAUCAACGGGGACGAUGCACCCAGCGUUAUACUGGAGGCCAAUGGGAAGCCCAGCACUCGAGAUUCCAGGGGCCUGGGGCUGCUGCCCCUGAAGAAGGAGAACAGCAAUGGCGACCUCUCCAAGGAGGACCUGGCCUGGCCGCUCGAUCUGGCACAGAGGGCAGGGCGUACCCGGCACAGGAUGCGGAUCAAGGAACCACCACGCAGUGUGGAGACUCUCAGGGACCUGCCAACUCCCGUGCGGAGCUCCAGGCGUCGCUCCGCCGUGUCCACACCCGUGACCAUCGACCUGACGGAGGAGGACUCGCAGGACUCAUCCCGCAGCAGCAGCACACUGUCCGGCAGCAGCUCCCAGGAGGGGCAGAACGGCUCUGCUGAGCUGGGGACAGAGGAGGCAGAGAGCAGAGACAUGGGCACAGUGCUGGAGUACCAGGAUGGGAAGGAAUUCGGAAUUGGGGAGCUCGUCUGGGGAAAGAUCAAAGGUUUUUCCUGGUGGCCUGCAAUUGUGGUGUCCCACAGAGCCACGGCCAAGCGCCAGGCGGUCUCGGGCAUGCGGUGGGUGCAGUGGUUUGGAGACGGGAAGUUCUCUGAGGUUUCUGCAGACAAACUGGUGGGACUGAUGGCCUUUAGGCAGCAUUUCAAUUCCUCCACGUUCAACAAGCUGGUGUCCUACCGCCGUGCCAUUUACCACGCUCUGGAGGUUGCCCGGAGCCGGUCAGGGAAGACAUUUACAACUGGCCCCAGGGAGUCACUGGAGGAGCAGCUGAAGCCCAUGAUUGACUGGGCAAUCACUGGCUUCAAACCCCUGGGGCUCAAGGGACUGCGGCCACCCAAAGGCUCAGAGAAUGGGGUGCUGAGGAAUGGGACAGAGGAGGUGGUGUCCCUUGAACAGUGUCCCCCCACCAAGAGGCUGAAAACCUACCCCUGCAACAACAGCAAGGAGCAGCGUGUGGAAGAGGACCAGACCCGAGAGCAAAUGGUUUCCGAAGUUACGAACAACAGCGGGAAGCUGGAAGACAGCUGCUUGUCCUGCGGGAGGAGGAACCCAGCCACCUUCCACCCACUGUUCAAGGGGGGCCUCUGCCAGACCUGCAGGGAUAGAUUCCUGGAGUACUUCUACAUGUAUGAUGAAGACGGGUACCAGUCCUACUGCACCGUCUGCUGUGCAGGCAAGGAGCUGCUGCUCUGCAGCAACACCAGCUGCUGCAGGUGCUUCUGUGUGGAGUGUCUGGACGUGCUGGUGGGGCGAGGGACGUCGUCCAGAGUGAAGGAGCAGGAGCCCUGGAACUGCUACAUGUGCCAGCCCCAGCAGAACCGCGGCGUGCUGCAGCGCCGCCAGGACUGGAACACUCGCCUGCAGGACUUCUUCACCAGUGACAAGGGACAGGAAUAUGCUGCACCCAAAAUCUACCCAACAGUUCCUCCAGCGAAGAGGAGACCAAUUCGAGUGCUCUCAUUGUUCGAUGGGGUGGCAACAGGACAUCCAGGAGCGGCCACAUCGAGUGGUGCUGACGAAGGAGACUCUGAGGCUAAAGAGAGCAGGACUGCGACCUCAGUCCUCUGUCCGUUGGCAGGGUACACAGUGCUGAAGGACUUGGGCAUCCAAGUGGAGAAGUACAUUGCCUCAGAGAUCUGUGAGAACCCCAUGGCCAAGAGCACCGUGCGGCCCGAGGGCAACAUCACCUUUGUGCAUGAUGUCAGGAACAUAACCAAGAGACAUAUUGAGGAGUGGGGUCCUUUUGACCUGGUGAUCGGUGGAAGCCCCUGUGACGACGUCUCCCUUGUCAAUCCGACCAGGAAGGCGCUCUUUGAAGGAACCGGGAGGCUGUUCUUCGAGUUCUACCACCUGCUCAACUACGCUCGUCCCAAGGCGGGCGAGGAGCGGCCCUUCUUCUGGAUGUUUGAGAAUGUGGUGGCCAUGAGGCUCAAUGACAAGAGGGACAUUUCCAGGUUUCUGGAGUGUAACCCAGUUAUGAUUGAUGCGAUCAAGAUAUCAGCUGCCCACCGAGCUCGUUACUUCUGGGGCAACCUCCCUGGGAUGGACAGGAUCUUUGGCUUCCCCCUCCCCUACACAGAAGUCUCCAACAUCAGCCGUGGCACUCGCCAGAAGCUGCUGGGGGGAUCGUGGAACGUCCCUGUGAUCCGGCACCUCUUCUCCCCACUCAAGGAUUACUUUGCCUGUGAAUAGCAAACUGCAGGUUCCCUCGUCUCUCUGGUAAAGAUGCACAGCACCGCUGCUGUGGCGGGAGAGGGACGGGCACGGCCCCCGGGCUGCCACGGCCCCGUCCCUCGCCAGCCACGCGCUGCAGGACGGCAGCCUGGCCCCGCCGGGGAGCCGGGCAAUGUCUAACCAAAGAACCUGGCAGGGUCACUCUGUACAGGGACUAACAGUGCUACGUAGGAAAUGAUGGACCAAGCUUUAAUUACCCAGCACACAGAGUUCUCUGCAUCACUGAUGACAUGGGGAGUCUCAUCCUCCAGAGCAUUAACUGUUCCGGUUUAGCCUGGAGCUGGGAAGUCACCACUUGCUGAGCAGCAGUGUGCGGGCAGCGGCCGGGGAGCUGCAGGCAAACCUGAACUACAGUGAAUUGGUGCUUUUCCUAAACAAACAAAACCUCUUGAAGUAACUGCCAAAAACCCCCAAACCUUAGCAGCAGGUGUAAGGGACCCUGCUCAGGUUACACACUGAACACAGGAUCAUACAGAAACCAAAUCUUUUUUGGUUUUAUUUUUUUCCAUAAAAUUUAAUUUUGUUGUUUUUAUGUCUAUUGCUGCUUUAAGGCAUUACAUAAGAAUGUGGAGAUUUCUAGACCUGAAUGUAGCUGAAACUGAACUGUGAGGUGAUAGAAUUACUUUUCUAGCUAGAACUAAAGAAAUGUUGUUUUAUAUGUUUGGUUGUAGUUUACAAACAUUCACUACUUCCUUUUUAAAGCAUCUAAAACCUUUCCUUACAUUUUAAAAUCCUGCUGAAUGGUUUGAAAGCUUACAUAGUAACUGGAGCAGGGAGGAUUUGGGCUCCAGGGUCCGUAAAGGAAAAUGUUCUUGGAGCAUCCAUUUCCCAAAUGAAUGUCAGCAGGAAGGACAGUGUAAUGGUCAAUGGCACCCUCAAAUCUCAGCACCUCAAAUGUCAUGUAGGAUGUCAUGAACCCAAGCAGUGGUGGCAGGGCAUUCCUUCCAGGGAAAAUCCCACCCAACCUUCGUGGAGUGCAGGGAGCAGGAGUUGUACCCCCAAACUGGGAGCUCCUGUGGCCACCACUGUGCUCACUUUUGAUUGUCUUCCUCUACUCCCCAGCUUUGCCAGAGUUAUUAUUCUGCUUUCCCUGAAGUCCUGGGCAUGCUGAGCCUGUGGCCACCGGGAAGGUGCAGGUGCCUGUGUCCAUUUCCACCAGGUUUUCCAUACCCACUGGGCACUCUUCCAGCAGGCAUCUCUGGGGAUUCUGAAUUCCAAUGCACAUUUCAAUGCACUGAAACGAUUUCCCCCUUGGUCCCCCUGUUCUCCCCUACCUCUGUUCACCUGUCACCUGGCUGUGGAAGAGCCCUUGAGUGCCUUCUCAAAAUUAUUCAGGUUCAAAUCAUGGGCCAACCCUCCACCCAAUCAAUGCCAGGCUGCCUUGCUCUCUUGCAAGGUGCUGUACAGCAUCACUGGGAAGAGCUUCUCUCCCAGCUCCUUCUACCUCUCUGGUGGCACCCCUGUCCUCAUGGUGGAGGACAGCAGCCUCCCAUUUCCACCCUUGUGUGCAGUUUUCCAUCCCAGCUCUGAGGACCAUCUUCUCUUGGUCUCCUAUUCAAGGCUGUGCUUGGGAAUGGGCAGCAAGGGAAGCCCAGGUAAAGCUUUUUUUCCCCCUGUUUUAACCUGGAUAUUACUCUUAGAGAGAACUCCUUGGGGGUUCAUUCUUAGUGACUUGUUCAAGCCAUGCUCCUUAGUUAAGAAAUCUCUGAGGAAAGCCAAGCAGGUUGGUUCAUGUCACUGCUGGCACCUUCAAUGCUUGACAAGUGCUUGGGGACAUGUAGUAGCCUCUUGUCACCAGCCCCUGGACUGGGAAGAUGGCAGGGUGGGUUCUGUGCAUGCUGGAGGUGUUUGGGAAGCCUUGGCAUUGCCAGCACUGCACCAGCUGCUUUUGGACUCCUCACCAAUCUGUGAUCCUUAUGUCCAGCUGGAUGUCAGCCACAACACUAAUUCCUCAUCCCAGGUCCUUGCAGUCCCCAUUGCAGCCCAGCGUGGAGCCUGAGGGCAAACAACCAUCCAGUGCAGGGGCUCAGGGUGACAGCCAUCCUCUGGUCUGAUGGGCUUGAUUUUUCCAGACUGUGCCUUCCACUCCAUGGCAUCCCUGAUCUUACAUACUCCACAUCUCACAUCCUUUCCUAUCUGAUCAAAAGGAAAACAAAUAGAUGAGGGGAAAAAAAAAGGACUUGGGGAAAGUAAACAAAGAUAAAAGAGGAAUGAAAAUUGUCUUGGCAUUAAGCUCACUUGAUGAGAAUUGUAGUAGACAAGUCUUCCUUGAAAUGUUUUUCCCUGUAAGAGCUGCCUUUUAUUAUGAGCUUAUAAAAUGUUGUUAAGGGAGGGGGAUCUCAGAAAUUCCUUUUUAAUACUUUUUAAAGGUUUCUAACUCCCUGGUGCUAUUUUUUUAGGUUAAGGAUUUUUAAUGUUGAAAGUGUUGCGGGUUUUUAUACAAUCUUUUAAAAUGAGAGAAAUGUAUAGUUUUUAACACGUUUCACAUUUUUUGUAUCUAAAGUGUGCAAACUCACAACUCUGCCUUGUCCACAUGAUUUCACUGGUGUCCAUGUGGGAAAAAAAAGUCGAUGGUUUACCAUUUAUCAUGUCUGAUUAAAAAAUUGAGUAUUUCUGUA